GUGUCCAUCUCUGGUCACACUGCUCACUUUUAAUUUAUUUUUUAACAUCAAAGUUCUUAAUACAAAUUUCUUACACUUAUUUUAUACAAUUUUAUUAAUAUAUUUAAGUAAAAAAUAAACCUACGCCAACAUGCAGUCCGUACUCACCCGCUCGUUUAAUAUUGCCAGAAGAUCUCUUAAUGUGCGACAAAUAGCAUCCUUGUCGGCCCUUUCGGAGACCCACCAAAUGCUACAAAAGUCCUGUCGGGAUUUUGCCAACUGCGAGCUGAGUGGAAAUGCGGCUAAAUUUGAUCGGGAGCACCUUUAUCCCGAAAAGCAGAUCCGUCAAAUGGGCGAACUAGGAGUCAUGGCGGUGGCGAUUCCUGAAGAGUUAGGUGGCACUGGUCUGGAUUAUGUGGCCUAUGCCAUUGCCAUGGAGGAAAUUUCUCGGGGUUGUGCCUCUGCUGGCGUCAUCAUGUCGGUUAACAACUCGCUGUAUCUGGGACCCCUUCUCUCCUUCGGAAACGACGCUCAGAAGGCGGACUACAUCACUCCCUUUACAACUGGAGAGCGAGUAGGUUGCUUCGCUCUAUCCGAACCUGGAAAUGGAUCCGAUGCCGGAGCUGCCUCCACAAUAGCCACCGACAAGGGAGAUCAUUUUGUGCUGAAUGGCACAAAGGCCUGGAUAACCAACGCAUUCGAGGCAGAGGCCGCCAUCGUAUUUGCCACCACCAACAAGCAGCUGAAGCACAAAGGAAUCUCAGCGUUCAUUGUGCCCAAAGGCACCAAAGGAUUUUCGCUGGGCAAGAAGGAGGAUAAGCUGGGCAUCCGGGGAUCCUCGACCUGCCAGUUGAUCUUCGAGGACUGUGCAGUGCCGAAAGAGAAUAUGCUUGGCGAGCCAGGAUUCGGUUUUAAGAUUGCCAUGCAAACAUUGGACGCUGGACGAAUAGGAAUCGCUGGCCAGGCGCUAGGCAUCGGUCAGGCGGCCCUGGAACUAGCCGUGGACUAUGCCCAGAAACGUCAGGCCUUUGGAAAGCCCAUUGCUAAGUUGCAGUCCAUCCAGCAGAAGAUCGCGGACAUGUCCCUGGCCAUGGAAUCGGCUCGUCUGCUCACCUGGCGCGCCGCUUGGCUGAAGGACAACAAACAGCCCUACACCAAAGAGGCUGCGAUGGCAAAACUGGCUGCCUCCGAGGCGGCCACCAUGUGCUCCCAUCAGUGCAUCCAAAUCUUAGGAGGAAUGGGAUAUGUCACGGACAUGGCUGCUGAACGUCACUAUCGGGAUGCCCGCAUUACAGAAAUCUACGAGGGCACCUCAGAAAUCCAAAGAUUGGUUAUUGCGGGCUCCAUUCUUAAGGAAUAUGCUAGUUAAGAUCAAAGUUUUUACGUACAACACAAAAAUUUGAAACAAGUUCGAUUGUAUUAGUUUCUACCUUAUAAAACUUUUCAAAACAA